AUGGGUUUCAACUUGGCAAAUGUCGUCACCAUCCCCGGAAUUCUCAGCUUUUUGAUUACGCUUUCCCUGAUCGUCACACUACCCCUCAUCACCGUUUUUAUCACUGAGGGAUCAUUUUAUGUCGAGAUUUUUGCUAAGCAUUAUGGAUGGUCGAUCGUCUACGAGCCGUUGUUGAUCGUAUCGCUCGGCAUCGCCCUCACGAUAUUGAUCGGCAUUUUGACGGGCAACGAGUUGGUGGAUCGGUUAGGGAAGUUGAAGACCCUGGUAGUGUACGCCAUCGCCACAGUGCUUCUGAUCAUCUGCGGCACAUUGAUAGCCGUCAACGCAUCAAAAGCUUCAAAUAUAAUAUGGAAGGAUACACAUCGAUUGGCGCGCUAUGUUGUAGCCACGAUAUUCGUCUUCGUCGACGUCAUCCUGUACAUGGGGCUGAUUCUGUUGACCGUCAUCUACAAA